AAAAACUAAUAUCUGCAGGAUGUCGUUAAGUAAUUUUCUAGACAUUACAAAGCAUGCAAACUCAUUUAUUUUACUAAUUACGACAAUUGAUAAGAUUUUGGACUGAUAACUCAAUACGCAAAAAAAAUUUUUGUAAAUAUAUUUAACAAAAUUUUUUUCAAUUACAAUCGUUUGUUACAUAUCAUUUUCAAUAAUGAAAGAAAUUACGAUACCCGUGAUACCUCCAUUCAGAAGAAAAAGCUCUGAAAUAAGUGUUCCUGAAAGCUCUUCAUCCGAAAAAAAUGGAAAAAAAAUUCAGGAUAGACUAUUAUUAAAGCUAAAUAUUAAACCGCACAAAAAUCGCAAAGAACAUAUCAGCAGACCUACCACAUUAUCUCCAAGCAUUCAACCAUCAUUUGAAUACUCACCUCAGCAAGAACAACCGCCACCUUUACCUUCAGUAGACAGACUUAAGAGUAUUGUUAAACGCCAUUCAGCACCCGAUAUUAGUUUCAAUAAUAUAAAUUUGAGCCCUUCAGGUAAACGCAUUCAAGUGAACGAAAUUCCUGAGGAACUCAUUUAUUAUGAGCUAGACAAGUUAGAUUGUACAAAUAAUCAAAAUGAGAUUAAUUUCAAAGACCCAGCUGAUAAAGAUUCCCAUAGCUACAGAGAGUUAGAAGGCGUUUUAAAAACUGGCGGUAGUAAACUCUCAAAUGACCAAUGGGGCAAUAAAAUUGGUAAUAAUAGAUUUUCGAAUUACAUUGGGGACGAUAAAACGAACAUUUUCUUUGAUACAACUCAAGCAAAACUUAUGAUUGAAAUACAAGAACGCUUGAAAAAACGAAAUAUCUUGAAAGCUGAUGAAGAAACUAAUGCAUAUGAAAUAAAAAACUUAGCGACAGACUUAGCGACAGAUAGUUUUGAUGAAAAUUCUGAUUACUAUAGUAUUCCAAUUGACGAAAUUCAAAAGUUAAAAGUUUCUGAUGAUGUUGCAAUUGAAGCGCUCUAUGCAACUGUCAACAAAAAGAAAAACGUAAAAACCUUUGAAAAUGACAUCACAAUUGAAGAGCUCUAUGCAACUGUCAACAAAAAAAACUUAAGGGCUACUGUAAAUAAUCCUGCAAUUGAGGGACUCUAUGCAACCGUAAACAAAAAAAACAUUAACAAAUCUCUUGAUAUAGACUACAAGGAUUCAUCAGAUUUUACGAUCAGCGAGUCUACCUGGUUGUAGUUUUAUGAUAAGCGAGUCUAGCUGUUUAUAGGUUUCUCGUAAAAUUUGUACAUACUAAAACUGAAAUAUCUGAAAACUUUAUUUAUGAAUAAUUAUUUAUGAAUAAAUAUAUAAUAUUUAAAAUAAAA